GUAGCAAAGUCAUCUUGGUCCCAUAUGUCAUCCAUAAGACGCAAGUGAGCAACUUCAAGAAAUAAACUCUGAACAUGCAGGCGCAUGACCGGGAGGAACGGCCACUCCACGGGCGCGCGAGGCCGGGGGGGAAGUUUCAACUGGCGGACCAGCCAUAAUAACCUUACCGUCGCGGGCACGCGCCCACCCAGUAAAUAGUCUCCAAGGCACCAUUCCGAAAAUUAGACUUCACUGUUAUCGUAUUUAAAUCAUGUUUGAAUCCCCUUUAAAAUCAAAUGCACGGAACGCUUGGUCAGAGAGCCAGGAGGAGUUGAGCGAGACGGAACCGGUGUCGCCCGUGAGUAAAGGAAACCGUGGGAAGAAGAAGAAAAAGAGAAGGCAACAACCACAACAACAAAAAACCGAGAAACGCUCGGUCUCAGCUCCCCAGCUUUGCGCGGAGGAGUCGUUUGAUCGGGAAGAUGAACAGUCAGAGAAACGGUACACCGAUUACGACGAGCCGAUAGUGAGAGGGAUAUUUCAAAUAGGGAAGAAGAGUCACGACGUCCUUCUGACAUCGAUGAGGGUUACAUGGAGUCCUAUUCAGCCAGAGACCCCUACAGGUCAGUCGGAAACUCUGAGGAGGACAGAGUACGUGGAGCUGAAGGAUGUGUUUGGAGUGAAGGUGAAGAGACGGCGUUCUGCGGGCCAGGAGACAGGGGGCACUCUCCUGGGCAUCACUCUGUUCCACUGUAAGAAGAAGGGGCCCAAGCUGAAGGACCAUGCCAUUCACUUCAACAACAUGAGCGUGGACCACUGUGAGAUCUGGUUCAAAAAACUUAAGGAGAUACUCAGUGGUUUCCAGAACAGGCCCAAGUCCCUGAAGGUGUUUGUGAACCCUGCCAGUCAUAAGAAAGAGGCCUACCAGAUCUACAGAGAUGAUGUGGCACCCCUCUUUCAGCUAGCAGACAUCAAGGCUGAUGUCACCAUCACUGAAAGAAAGGGCCACGCUCUCUCCGUUCUGAAAGAAUCCAACUUGGACGGAUAUGACGGGGUUGUGGUUGUCGGUGGGGAUGGCUCGGUGGCCGAGGUGGCCCAUGGGCUGUUGCUCCGGGCCCAGAUGGAUGCAGGCAGGGACACAGACUCCAUGUUCACGCCUGUCCGAGCAACACUUCCUCUAGGGCUAAUACCAGCAGGCUCCACUGACGUGGUGGCCUGUUCUGUCCAUGGCAUACGGCAUCCUGUUACUGCUGCAAUGCACAUCAUCAUGGGCCACCAUCAGGAGGUAGAUGUGUGUAGUUUCAGUUGUCUGGGUCGCCUUCUGCGUUUCGGCUUCUCUGCCAUGUUUGGUUUCGGCGGGCGGACGCUGGCCUUGGCAGAGAGACAUCGCUGGAUGCCACCCGGGCAGAGACGGGAGUUUGCCGUGAUCAAAACGCUGGCAAAACUCAAGCCUGAAGACUGUGAGUUGUCCUAUCUUCCUGUGAAGAAGGUCCAGACUGAAACGCUGGAUCCAGUAAAAAAUGAGUACUUAAAGGACGACAUGGAAGAGGAAGAGUCGUGGACGACCACCCGGGGUCUGUUCCUCAACGUCAGCAUCAUGGCCAUCCCCUGUCUCUGCUCCAUGGCCCCCAGGGGCCUGGCCCCUAACACCAGACUGAACAAUGGCAGCAUGGCCCUGAUCGCAGCAGGAAACACUUCCAGGGCAGAGUUUAUCAAACACUUGAAGAGAUACAACAGUGUAAACAAUCAGUUCAGUUUCUCCUUCGUGGAGACGCAGACGGUGUGGGCUGUGAGGCUCCGCCCCCGCUCUCAGAGCAGCUGGUCUGAUGACAUCGCUGAGGACAAUGGAGAGUAUGACUCUAAGAACACGCCCAUCAUCUCCUCCGAGGGGGCCUACCCCUGGAACAUAGACGGAGACCUACUGGAGGUGCCCUCAGAGCUGCUCAUCAGGUUACAUCCUCAACUCCUGACCCUGUUUGUUUCACCACCAGGUUAGAUCCUCAACUCCUGACCCUGUUUGUUUCACCACCAGGUUACAUCCUCAACUCCUGACCCUGUUUGUUUCACCACCAGGUUAGAUCCUCAACUCCUGACCCUGUUUGUUUCACCACCAGGUUAGAUCCUCAACUCCUGACCCUGUUUGUUUCACCACCAGGUUAGAUCCUCAACUCCUGACCCUGUUUGUUUCACCACCAGGUUACAUCCUCAACUCCUGACCCUGUUUGUUUCACCACCAGGUUACAUCCUCAACUCCUGACCCUGUUUGUUUCACCACCAGGUUACAUCCUCAACUCCUGACCCUGUUUGUUUCACCACCAGGUUACAUCCUCAACUCCUGACCCUGUUUGUUUUACCACCAGGUUACAUCCUCAACUCCUGACCCUGUUUGUUUCACCACCAGGUUACAUCCUCAACUCCUGACCCUGUUUGUUUCACCACCAGGUUACAUCCUCAACUCCUGACCCUGUUUGUUUCACCACCAGGUUACAUCCUCAACUCCUGACCCUGUUUGUUUCACCACCAGGUUACAUCCUCAACUCCUGACCCUGUUUGUUUCACCACCAGGUUACAUCCUCAACUCCUGACCCUGUUUGUUUCACCACCAGGUUACAUCCUCAACUCCUGACCCUGUUUGUUUCACCACCAGGUUACAUCCUCAACUCCUGACCCUGUUUGUUUCACCACCAGGUUACAUCCUCAACUCCUGACCCUGUUUGUUUCACCACCAGGUUACAUCCUCAACUCCUGACCCUGUUUGUUUCACCACCAGGUUACAUCCUCAACUCCUGACCCUGUUUGUUUCACCACCAGGUUACAUCCUCAACUCCUGACCCUGUUUGUUUCACCACCAGGUUACAUCCUCAACUCCUGACCCUGUUUGUUUCACCACCAGGUUACAUCCUCAACUCCUGACCCUGUUUGUUUCACCACCAGGUUACAUCCUCAACUCCUGACCCUGUUUGUUUCACCACCAGGUUACAUCCUCAACUCCUGACCCUGUUUGUUUCACCAACAGGUUACAUCCUCAACUCCUGACCCUGUUUGUUUCACCA